GUCUUUUCCAUCUUUGCGUUUGCUACGUGUGGCAGCUACUCUGGAGAGUUCCGGCUGAGCGUCGACUGCAAGAACAAGACUGAGAGCGACCUGAAUAUCGAGGUGGAGUUCGACUAUCCCCUCUCCAGGCUGCACCAGGUGUAUUUCGACGCUCCGACCUGCAGGGGGCCGGAGGAGCGUCUCUUCCUGGUGGGGGAUUACUCCUCCUCCGCUCAGUUCUUCGUCACCAUCGCUGUCUUUGCCUUCCUCUACUCCCUCGCCGCCCUCGUCACCUACGUCUUUUUCCAGGCCAAGUACCGAGAGAACAACAAGGGACCCAUCAUCGACUUCGUGGUGACAGCUGUGUUUGCGUUCCUGUGGCUGGUCAGUUCGUCCGCCUGGGCGAAGGGUCUGUCUGACGUGAAGACCGCCACGGACCCCGAGCGCGUGAUGACCCUGAUCAAAGCGUGCAAGAUCGAGGGGAACAAGUGCAGCGAGAAACAGGACCCCGUCAUGUCAGGACUCAACACCUCCGUGGUUUUCGGGUUCCUGAACCUCGUUCUCUGGGUUGGUAACCUGUGGUUUGUGUUCAAGGAGACCGGCUGGACCGCCCCCUUCAUGCGCCACCCUCCCCCCUCCCAGGAGAAGCAGCCGGCCCCCGAGAGCUUCGGGGCCCCUGGCUACGUGCAGGAACCCCAGGGGUACGGCCAGCCAGACCCCUACUCCCAGGGGGGCUACCAGCCAGACUACGGGCAGCAGGAGGGCUACGGCCAGCAGGGGGGCUACAACCAAGGAGGAGAGUACAACCAGCAGGGGGCGCCCACCUCCUUCGCCAACCAGAUGUGAGCAGAGCAGAGAGAGAGAGGAGGAGAGGCUGGUAAGCAGCGUUGGUUGAACUCACUGUGGAAAGGGGUUGGGGGGGGGGGGGGGCGGGGGGGCAUAUCUAAAAAAAUAAAAAACAGAGGAAUAAGCUAAGCGGGGCUUUGAAGAGGUCGACCGGUCUGUGAAUCUCCAUGUGUUGUCAAGUGAGCCCUUUGUAGAAAGAAAUAACAGCAAACCAAAAUUCAAAAUAUUAAAUAAUAACCCUAAUCCGUGUGUGGGGAUGGGGUGUAGCUGUUCUAGUGUGUGUGGAAAUAUUAUUAUGAAGACAUUUAUAUAACAUAUACAUUCAUAUAUAUAUGUGUGUGUGUAUGUGUGUGUGUGUGUGUGUGUAUAUGUUUGGAAUCGUUAGAUUAUAUUUCAAUUUUAAAUUCAAACUACAGUGAUAUUAAUGGCAAUGAUUCAUGAAAAUGUCUUAUUAUUAUUAUUAUUAUUAUUAUUAUUAUUAUUAUUAUCAGGGGUUAAUUUAUACUGGUGUGUUUUUGUCUGACAGCCGAGAGAGUUAUAAACUGAUGAACUCUCUGACUAUAUUAAUUGCUAUUGUAGGGAUUUAAAUUGACUCUCGAAUUAAUUAUCUACAAAAAAAAAAAAGAAAGAAAAAAUUAUAAUUAUUGCUGCUCCCAAGUGGAUGAAAAAAAUGACUGCAGAAUUAUUUUUUAAAUUUAUUUAUUGAUGUAUUUUGUAUUAAUUCUUUAUUUUUUAUUUAGCAGCAAAAUCACACAUCAGGCUUGUAGUGUUUUAAAUAUAUUUUUGUUUUUAUCUUGUGUGUGCAACAGAAUUAAAAAAAACCUUAAAAAUACAAAGAAAAAUUUAAUAAAACACACGCACACACGCACAGACACACACACGCACACACGCACAGACACACACACGCACAGACACACACACACACGCACAGACACACACACGCACAGACACACACGCACACACGCACAGACACACGACGCACACACAGACUCACAGACGCACACACACACGACGCACACACACACAGACGCACACACAGACUCACAGACGCACACACACAGACACACACGCACACACAGACACACAGACACACAGACGCGCGCACACACAGACGUACACACACACAGAUGCACACACACAAACAGACACAUGCACGCACACACACAGACUCACACUCACGCACACACACACACACAGACGCACACACAGACAGACACACACACAGACUCUCAGUCACGCACGCACGCACGCACACAGACACUCAGUCGGUAUGUUUUGAAUGCUUGGUUUUCAGACCUGAUGAAAUACCAGAGACCUCCUUCAGGGUGCAGCCCUGACGGCGAUGUCUCUCUGCUGUUAUAUCGAGGUCGCGAUUUAUUGGUUUUUGAUCUUGUUUUCUUGUCGUUUGUGUUGCAGUUUUCUGUAGAGCUGGGGCAAGCAGUCCCGUUACUAACUCACAGCUUUGUAGAAACUGGACUUCGUCCCUAUUGACUCCUCCAACACCUUAUAAAUUAAUAUUAUCAAUGAGUCAUUCAGCAGAUGCUUUUAUCCAAAGCGACUUACAGAGACUAGGAGGUGAACUCUGCAUCAUCAACAACUGCUGCUGCUGCAGAGUCACUUCCAAUAGGACCUCGUUUGUUUGACGUCUCAUCCGAAGGACGGAGCACAAGGAGGUGAAGUGACUUGCUCAGGGUCACACACACACACACACACACACACACACACAGGGAGUCAGUGGCUGAGCCGGGAUUUGAACCUCCUGGUAUCGAGCCCCUUUCUCUAACCGCUGGACCCCUGAGCCUCUAGAUUCAGUGCUGAAAGCACAAAGGAUAUCAUUCAUGCAAACCCGAUGUGUGAAUGAAUAACACACUCCUAUCUAUACUGUACACAAGAGAGCUUAUCUACCUACGAAGCACAGAACCUGAUGGGUGUAAAUGAGACUCCGACUGCACAGCAGUUUGAUCCAUUCCUGGUUUCACUAGGACUUUAAUACAGUCGGUGUCUCCUAAUCGGGAUCCUGAUAAUCGUGAUUUCUGUUUAGAUGGGAUACAGCUCUGGGAGACUCUCUUUCCCAGUGCUGUUUCUGUCGUUUAAUUGGGACGUCACUUCGUUUAAUUAGGAUACAGUAUUUUCAAAUAAGUAAUGGAAAUCGCUUUUCAGAGCAAGUUCGGUUUGCGUAGCGCAGUGUGGCAAGCGCGUGACUACGCUGUGAUCACGCUGAGCUCUUGAAGGGCCUGCUGGAGUCUCCUGUGGAUUCUCAGGGCUGCUGGAGUCUCCUGUGGAUUCUCGGGGCUGCUGGAGUCUCCUGUGGAUUCUCGGGGCUGCUGAAGUCUCCUGUGGAUUCUCAGGGCUGCUGGAGUCUCCUGUGGAUUCUCAGGGCUGCUGGAGUCUCCUGUGGAUUCUCAGGGCUGCUGGAGUCUCCUGUGGAUUCUCGGGGCUGCUGGAGUCUCCUGUGGAUUCUCAGGGCUGCUGGAGUCUCCUGUGGAUUCUCAGGGCUGCUGGAGUCUCCUGUGGAUUCUCAGGGCUGCUGGAGUCUCCUGUGGAUUCUCAGGCUGCUGGAGUCUCCUGUGGAUUCUCAGGGCUGCUGGAGUCUCCUGUGGAUUCUCGGGGCUGCUGGAGUCUCCUGUGGAUUCUCAGGGCUGCUGGAGUCUCCUGUGGAUUCUCGGGGCUGCUAGAGUCUCCUGUGGAUUCUCAGGGCUGCUGGAGUCUCCUGUGGAUUCUCAGGGCUGCUAGAGUCUCCUGUGGAUUCUCGGGCUGCUGGAGUCUCCUGUGGAUUCUCGGGGCUGCUGGAGUCCCCUGUGGAUUCUCAGGCUGCUGGAGUCUCCUGUGGAUUCUCAGGGCUGCUAGAGUCUCCUGUGGAUUCUCGGGCUGCUGGAGUCUCCUGUGGAUUCUCGGGGCUGCUGGAGUCCCCUGUGGAUUCUCAGGCUGCUGGAGUCUCCUGUGGAUUCUCAGGGCUGCUGGAGUCUCCUGUGGAUUCUCAGGGCUGCUGGAGUCUCCUGUGGAUUCUCAGGGCUGCUGGAGUCUCCUGUGGAUUCUCAGGGCUGCUGGAGUCUCCUGUGGAUUCUCAGGGCUGAUGGAGUCUCCUGUGGAUUCUCAGGGCUGCUGGAGUCUCCUGUGGAUUCUCAGGCUGCUGGAGUCUCCUGUGGAUUCUCAGGCUGCUGGAGUCUCCUGUGGAUUCUCGGGGCUGCUGGAGUCUCCUGUGGAUUCUCGGGGCUGCUGGAGUCUCCUGUGGAUUCUCAGGGCUGCUGGAGUCUCCUGUGGAUUCUCAGGGCUGCUGGAGUCUCCUGUGGAUUCUCAGGGCUGCUGGAGUCUCCUGUGGAUUCUCAGGGCUGCUGGAGUCUCCGGAUUCUCAGGGCUGCUGGAGUCUCCUGUGGAUUCUCAGGGCUGCUGGGGUCUCCUGUGGAUUCUCAGGGCUGCUGGAGUCUCCUGUGGAUUCUCGGGCUGCUGGAGUCUCCUGUGGAUUCUCAGGGCUGCUGGAGUCUCCUGUGGAUUCUCAGGGCUGCUGGAGUCUCCUGUGGAUUCUCAGGGCUGCUGGAGUCUCCUGUGGAUUCUCAGGGCUGCUGGAGUCUCCUGUGGAUUCUCAGGGCUGCUGGAGUCUCCUGUGGAUUCUCGGGGCUGCUGGAGUCUCCUGUGGAUUCUCGGGGCUGCUGGAGUCUCCUGUGGAUUCUCGGGGCUGCUGGAGUCUCCUGUGGAUUCUCAGGGCUGCUGGAGUCUCCUGUGGAUUCUCAGGGCUGCUGGAGUCUCACAGUGUGACGUGAUUUUGUUCUUUUUCUUUUCAUUAAGAAACAAAAAAUUGUGACUCUCAUUUAGUUGGGACAGCUGCUUAUAAAGAGGCGCAGACUGUAAUCAGACACACCUGAGCUUGUUACCUGUGCACACUGGGGGCUGAUCAAGCUGCUAGCAAAACCUGGACUGGGUGACGCUGCUGUGCAAUAGGAGUCUGAUUCCCAGCCCUGCAGUAUUUAUUAUACAUAUUAAUUCCAUUCAAACUGAAAGAUAGAAUAUUCACCUGUUCUUAGGGCUGUUUUUAAACAAAUAUUCAAGCAUGAAAAAUACAUGUAUUUAUGUAUAUGUGUGUACACCGGUAUGUGUUUGGCCCAGCACUACAAUUUACGAAACAAAACAACAAUUUAAGACUUGGUGUAAAACACAAUUUCUCUUUCUCUCUGUCUCUCUCUCUUUGAUUCUCUUUAGAAAUAUCUUCUAUAUAAAGUACUCUGUUGUGUACGGUGUGUUUGUGAUUUUAAACUAAGCCUUCUUGUGUGUGGUACUCAGUGUGUAUUUAUUGUGUUGUUAAAAAUUGAUAUGAAUAUUAUUAUGAUGAUGGUAUUUAAAUUUAAAUAUAUAUAUGGUGGACUCUGACAAAAAAAAAAAAAAAAUGAUAAUAAAAUUGAAAUGGUUCUAUUCUGA